AUGUUCCGGUCCGUACUUCCUCGCGCUGUCCCCAGGCAGUUGCGACCCGUAACCCAAAGCACCUUCUGCGCACCCAACAUCUACUUCCAGGGCCGAUUAAGGCGAGGAUACGCAUCGGAGGCCGAAGAGAAGGACUUGGUCAUCAUUGGUGGCGGUGUUGCUGGCUAUGUCGCCGCAAUCAAAGCUGGCCAAGCUGGCUUGAAGGUCGCAUGUAUCGAGAAGCGUGGCAGCCUCGGAGGAACCUGCCUCAACGUCGGUUGCAUUCCCUCAAAAUCCCUCUUGAACAACUCCCACCUCUACCACCAGAUCCUUCACGACACCAAGAACCGCGGUAUCGAGGUCGGUGAGGUUAAAUUGAACCUUGAGGCUAUGAUGAAGGCAAAGGAGACCUCUGUUUCCGGAUUGACCAAGGGUAUUGAGUUCUUGUUCAAGAAGAACAAUGUCGAGUACAUCAAGGGAACUGGCGCAUUCCAGGACGAGCACACCAUUGCUGUCAACCUCGUUGACGGCGGUGAGACUUCCGUCAAGGGAAAGAACAUCUUCAUUGCUACUGGAUCUGAGGCUACUCCAUUCCCUGGUUUGACCAUCGAUGAGAAGAAGGUCAUCACCAGCACUGGUGCCAUUGCGCUCCAGGAGGUCCCUAAGAAGUUGGUUGUUAUCGGAGGUGGAAUUAUCGGUCUUGAGAUGGCAUCUGUUUGGUCCCGUCUUGGUUCCGAAGUCACCGUUGUCGAGUAUCUCGGCCAGAUCGGAGGUCCCGGCAUGGACGCCGAGAUUGCGAAGCAGACCCAGAAGUUGCUCGGCAAGCAGGGCAUGAAGUUCAAGCUCAACACGAAGGUUGUUUCUGGUGACGACUCCAGCGAGACCAUUAAGAUCAGCACCGAGGCUGCAAAGGGCGGAAAGGAGGAUGUCCUUGAUGCCGACGUUGUCUUGGUUGCCAUCGGCCGCCGCCCCUACACCGCUGGCUUGGGUCUCGAGAACAUUGGUCUUGAGACCGAUGAGCGUGGCCGUCUUAUCAUUGACCAGGAGUACCGCACCAAGAUCCCCCACAUUCGCUCUAUCGGAGAUGUCACCUUCGGACCUAUGCUUGCCCACAAGGCCGAGGAGGAGGCUGUCGCUGCCGUUGAGUAUCUUACCAAGGGCUACGGUCACGUCAACUACGGCGCUAUUCCCUCCGUCAUGUACACUCAUCCCGAGGUCGCCUGGGUUGGACAGAACGAGCAGGAGUUGAAGGCUGCCGGUGUCAAGUACAAGGUCGGAACCUUCCCCUUCUCCGCCAACUCAAGAGCCAAGACCAACCUCGACACUGAGGGUAUGGUCAAGUUCAUCUCCGAUGCCAACACUGAUAGAAUCUUGGGCAUCCACAUCGUUGGCCCCAACGCUGGUGAGAUGAUUGCUGAGGGUACCCUUGCAUUGGAGUACGGUGCAAGCUCAGAGGAUGUUGCCCGCACAUCGCACGCUCACCCUACGCUCUCCGAGGCUUUCAAGGAGGCUGCUAUGUCAACAUACGACAAGGCCAUUCACUACUAG